AUGGGAACGAACGUAAGGCUUUGUUCCCAAUGCAGUUUUUAUGGUUCAAUGUCAGGUUCAGCGCUGUUUUAUUCUCUUCCGUGCUUUGUCCAUAGGCAUUGA